UGUUAUGUUGUUGAUAACAGCUUUAUUCCUUUUAGGAACAGCUAAGCAUUUUACAGUAGAGUUAAAAAGUCGUCAUACUUAAGAACAUUUAAUUGAAAUCGUAAAUUUGUUGUAACAUUCACAUGCUGAAUUGUUGGAGGAAAACAAUUAUUAGAAGAUUGGAAAGGGAGUUGAAGGGGCACUCCAAUUUGAGACAGUGAUGCUUGAGAAGAAUAUUUAGAAAAAGAAUUUAAAGCAUUAGAAUCAUCAUAAUAAAAAAUAGGAACAUCAUCAUAAGAAAAGAAAAAAUACAAACAUGGUUGUAAAUGAGUCAUUGAUGGAUGUGAUACCUUUAACAGCCGAAGAAAAAGGUUUGUUUGAGGAAUCUGGUGCAUUAGCUCCAGUUGACAUCCAUAUAGAAGAAUAAAUGGAACAUUAAAGUCAAAAGUUAUUGACUACAAACAGGAAUCAGGAUGGAUUAUAUAUAGCCGAUGUGCCAUUGACAAAUAUAGCUAAUACUAUGUUCAUUGGUGAAUUAUAGGUAGGAAGUGCAUAGGGAAAAAAUUCUUUUGAUGUUAUUUUUGAUACAGGUUCUGCAUUGACAUGUGUAGCUUCAGAGUAAUGUAAAGAUAUCGGAUGUUAAAAGAGUAAGAGAUAUAAUAGAGCUGAAAGUCAAUCAUUCAAUGAGAUUGGCAAAUCAGUGGAGAUUGUAUUUGGUAGUGGAACUUUGAAGGGACUGAUAAACAGAGAGAGAAUAAGAGUAGAUGGUCUAGAUUUGAAGGAUGCAUUGUUUAUUGAAGUGACUUAAUAAAUUGGAGAUGCAUUUCAUGAGGGUGAAUUCGAUGGUAUUGUGGGAUUAGGCUAUCCUCAUAUGACAGGAGUACCCACCUUGUUUGAUUACAUGAUCUAAUAGCAUAAACUACACUCAAAUGUGUUUACAUUCCAUUUGAAUAGAGCAACUGGAAAUUCAGGAUCAUAAUUAAUCUUUGGUGGAAGUGACGAUUCUCAAAUCAAAGGAGAAUGGGUGUACCAUCAUGUUCAUGAAUAAUUCUAUUGGUCAAUAAUGGCAGAAUAGAUUAAAGUUGGUGAUAAGGAUACUGGGAUUUGUACACAUUAGCAUAAGUGUAAGAUGGUUGUUGACACUGGAACCACUUUGUUGACAGGACCAACAAAGGAUGUGAGAGCCUUGUUGUCGAUGAUCAGAGUUGAACCGAAAUGUCAAAAUUAUCCAACAAUGCCAGAUAUCACAUUUGUUAUUGAUGGACAUGAUUACAUCUUAUCACCUAAGGAUUACAUUCUAACUAUCACAUGUAUUUAUAAUAACUAUAUCCAAUAGAAUCAGGAGUUGAAGCACCUUAUCAUCAUUCAGCUAUGGAUUAGAUUGUUGGUUGUGCUGGAACUAUCUUUCCUUUAGAUUUACCACCCAAACAGUAUGAUUUUAUAUUAAUUGUAGAGGUCCCUUAUGGAUCUUAGGUGAUGUAUUUAUUACAAAGUACUCUGCUAAGUUCGAUAGAGAUAAAAACAGAGUUGGUUUGGCCUUAAAUAAGAAUCUUGAAUGAAAUCAUAAAAAAAC